CUUAAAAGGCUGACAGACAAAAGGCUGAUGCUAAUCAUUUACUUGUAUAAACAAGUACAAGAUAGCAGUAGAUAGGGUUGAGCUUCUUGAAUAAUAUUAUGCUAUAAUGCUAUUGAAUGGGAGUUUUACCAGUGAUUUUCUUCCUAUUUUUGCUAACAAUUCCCUAUAUCAGGGUCCCCUUAAAAAAAGCUUAAUACCCACCCAAAGGUAAUGCUAUUAUAAUAACUGUUAAUAAAUAAAAAUACAGUCAUUCACUUGUUAAUACCGUAGGAGCUACAGUUAUGGGAUGCAGCAGGAAGAGGAGAUAUUGAUGCUAUGAGGACUGCCCUCUCUAAAGGGGCAGACUUAAACUGGAGGAAUCCUGAUAGGGAUAACAGGACUCCAUUACAUGUAGCUGUUGAAUGUAAAAGAAUUGAUGCAGUCCAAUGGUUACUUGACAAAGGGGCAAAUCUAGAGUUAAGAGAUAUAGCUGGAGCCACUCCUCUCAUAUAUGCAGCUUAUAAUGGUCACAUCCAAGUUGUAGCAGUGCUCCUUGAAAAAGGGGCAGAUGUUGUUGCAUCUGAUAAUAUUGGUUACACUGCUUAUGAUUGGGCUAAAGAAGAAGGUAAAGCUGAAGUGGUUACCAUAUUGAGAGUAUCCUCAGAAGUGUAUCGUAAUAAACUACUCAAAUCUAUGAAGGAAGGACUUGUUACAUGCGAUGUAACUCUUGAUGAAUUCUUUCCAUUUACUCAGCAAUUGCAGUCUUUCACGGUAAAGUACUAUCACUCUUAG